AUGACGACUGCGCCACAACCACCCGCAACACAAGUACCCUCACCACCACACUCGCAAUCUGGACAUGUGGCAGAUCCCAAGGCCUCAAUGGACGUGGCAGAAAACACGACACCUCCGUUCUCGCCAUCGAGCCAAACGCCUGUUUUGGGCAUGGAGCAGGAGGAAUUCGAGGGCACACUCGACGUGAAUAAUGACAUACCAACGGAGAAGGAGCUGAGUGCAGUAGCGGACAUGCUGGUACUGGAUGCGCAGGGCCAGAGCAGGCCGUUCAAGGAACUCUAUCAAGCGCCUCAUGUCGCUUCGAGGCAGCUCAUCAUCUUCAUUCGACAUUUCUUCUGCGGCAACUGCCAGGAAUACCUGCGCACGCUCGCCUCAUCGAUAACGCCCGACGACCUGCUCGGCCUGCCUACACCGACAUUCAUCACGGUUAUUGGAUGCGGGCGACCUGAGCUGAUACCCAUGUAUACCGAGACGACGGGGUGUCCUUUCCCCAUCUACGCGGAUCCAACGCGCAAGCUCUACGACCACCUAGGCAUGACGCGCACCCUGAACCUAGGUGCCAAGCCUCAAUACAUGCAGACCAACGUUCUCAUCAACUCGGUGCAGUCUAUAUUCCAAGGCCUCAGCACGGGCAGGAAGGCGCUCAAGGGCGGCGACUUCAAGCAGGUUGGCGGCGAGUUUUUGUUUGAGAAUGGCGAAUGCACAUGGGCACACAGGAUGAAGACAACGCGGGGCCACGCCGAAGUGUCUGAGAUCCGCGGCUUGAUAGGCUUGGAUUCGACAAGACCACCAGUCAGGAGAAGGUGGAGUCACGAAGUCAAGGGACCGGAGAAGAGCAGGAGGAGGACGGUGAGCUGGGGAAGGCUACGAAGCAAGAGUAAAGGUGGCAAGGACGUGUCGGUGACGAGUAGCAAACAAACGACACCAGACAGGAUACUAGAGGAAGAGAGUGAGGCCCUGGCAGGUAGUGCAAAAGCAUGA